CUAACUUAUCCUCAGUCUUUGUCGGUUGCUAUAACACUAAAUAAAAAACCACCAAAUUAAUUUGGACAUAAUGGAUUUGAGAGUUAAUAAAUGUUGUUGUAUGAAUCUUCGUACUGCUGGCUUAUUUAUUACUUGGCUUAACCUGAUAAUAAUAAUUAUUGGAAGUUUUGUAAUAAUAGAUCGUAUAAUAUUUUUAGACAAUAAUCCACCUCCUCCUAGGGACUAUGUUUUUCGACCAAUUGUUAGUUCCCUUGCUCUUGAAAUCUUCACUUUGGUAAUGUACUUAUUCAAUGCUGUUGUGACGGCGCUAUCACUUCAUGGAAUCUAUAAAAACAAACAUGUUAUGAUGUUGCCUUACAUUAUUCUAAGUGGACUUGGACUUAUUGUUACGGUUCCAUAUCUUGCACUAAUAUUUAUUGCCGCUCCAUAUUCGAAUGGUCCACAAAUUAUUGGAACAAUUAUAGCAGCUUUGUUAUGUGCAGUAAUGUUGGGUUUGAUGGCAUGGUGUUGGAUCGUUAUUUAUUCACUCUACCAUAAAAUACGCGAUUCAGUUAAUAAGCCGAUGUCAUAUCCAUAUGACAUAUGAACACCAAAAACUGGCUAAAUUGUACACAAGCCAAAUUAUUUAAAACCUUUUAUAAAAAAAAGUGUUAAAUUCGAACAAAAGUUGUGAAUGUGUUCAAAAGCAUC